AUGGCAACUCGAUGGGGUAUCUGCGGAGCAGGAAAGAUCAGCCAUGAUUUCAGCGUAGCCAUGAAAACGCUCCCUCCUGGAGAUCACAAGCUAGCAGCAGUGGCUUCCAGAAGUCUGGAGCGUGCCCAGGAGUUUGCCCAGAGACAUGGCAUCUCAAAGGUGUACGGGAGCUACAUGGAGCUGGCCCAGGACCCAAACAUCGGUGUGUGUCUGUUCACAGACAUCGUGUACCUGGGGGUCCUGCACACACAGCAUAUGGAGGUGGGUCUGCUCUUCCUUAACGCCGGGAAGAACGUGCUGUGUGAGAAGCCCUUUGCCAUGAACUCGAAGCAGGUGCAGCAGCUCAUCUCUGCCUCGAAGGAGAACAACGUCUUUCUGAUGGAGGCCAUCUGGUCCAGGUGCUUCCCAGUGCACACGGAGGUGUCACGCCUGCUGGCGGAGGGCACACUGGGUGAGGUUAAGAUGGUGAAGGCCUAUUUCGGCUCCCCACAACUACACAUUCCUCGUUCUGUGGAGAAGGAGCUGGGUGGAGGCGCGCUCCUGGAUAUCGGGGUCUACUGUCUGCAGUUUGUCUUAAUGGUGUUUAAGGGGGAAAAGCCAGAGUCGGUCCACGCCACAGGCGUCCGGCUAGACUCAGGAGUGGACGAGUCCAUGGUAGUGGUGCUGAAGUACUCCGGAAACCGCAUGGCCUGGUGUGCGUUUUCCAUCGGUGUAGCCAUGCUUAAUGAAGCUACGAUCAGCGGAACGAAAGGCAACAUCAGAAUUCCUGCUCCCAUGUGGUGUCCCACCAGCCUAGUACUAAAUGGGAAAGAGACCCAGUACCCUAUACCGGAACCCUCAAUGCCUCUAAAUUUUACCAACAGCACCGGCCUACGGUACGAAGCAGAGGAGGUGCGGCAGUGCUUACUCAAAGGUCUCAAAGAGAGCACGAAAAUGCCUCUGGCAGACUCGUCUUUGCUCACAGAGAUUAUGGAUGAAGCGAGAAGACAGGUGGGCGUGGUUUUCCCUCAAGACAACAAAUAA